AUGUCAGCUCGCAUCUCGGCGCGAAUCAGCGCCCCGCAGCGCAUUGCUGCGCAGCCACGGGCGCUCCGGGCGCGCCCGGUGGCUCCGCGCAGGCUCUGCGUCACCGCCGCCAAGACGAUCACGACGACGGAGAUCCCGAACUUCAUCCACCGCGACGACCUGAUGGACCAGCUCCGCACGUGGGCGACGAUCGAGUGCAUGAACCGCGGCGCGCAGAACUUCGGACUGCCGAUGACGAUCGAGGAGCAGUUCGACCGCCAGGACGACGAGGACGUGCUGUGGGGAAUGACGAUCAGCAUCCUGCGCGAGGGCGAGCGCGCGUGCGACAUAUCGUUUGGGUUCGAUUCGGAGUAUACCGAGAAGAGUCAGUACCUGGACAUGGACCCGGAGACCGGGAUGCCGAUCAAGGGCGGGAAGAUCACGAAGAUCAAGGGGAAGAACUUCGUCAUCGAGAAGACCUGCGACCGGCCCGUCGACGACGAGCUGCGCGGCGUGAUCCGCUCGCUGUGCGGCGGCGUGGCGGACGCGCUCGGGCGGUUCUACUCGUUCGGGUCGGUGUGGUCGGAGGACAUCUGA